AUGCCCGGGCCUGCUGGAGCUCCAGGAGCACCGGGAUUGCCAGCGCGAUUACCUUGUGAGCCGCCGAUAGACCUCAAAAAGGCUUGCCCAGACCCUUGUCCGACAGGAGUCCAAGGGCCAGCUGGGGAACGGGGUCCUCCAGGAGAUAAGGGAAUGCCCGGGAUACCAGGAGAGCUUGGAAAACGAGGAUUGGACGGGAAACUUGGUCCUAAGGGCGAGACUGGUCCCCGCGGAAUACCCGGCCUAGAUGGAGAAGUUGGUGAUCCAGGAGAGGAUGCCGUGCCACAACCAUUUAUUCCCGGACCACCUGGCGAAGUAGGAGAUGAGGGUCCUUUAGGGCCACCGGGUCCUGUGGGAAUGCCUGGUAUAGAUGGGCCAAUUGGGCCAGCAGGACCUAGAGGUCGAAAAGGUAAAGACGGCUUUCCUGGUGGUAAGGGAGAACCAGGUCCUGAAGGAGCUAUGGGAGAACCGGGAGAAGACGGCGAAAAGGGGGUUUGUCCAACUUAUUGUGCUACUGAUGGCGGUGUGUUCUUCGUUCAACCACCUGAUUGGUUCUUUAACGACUAA